ACUGGGAUAAAGCAAGAAGACUGAUUUUACGAGCAGGGCUUUGAUAGACCAAAGGAGAUUGCCCAGAAUCAAGGCUGUGGUGUUAGGGAUGGGUUAGGGAGGGUGGUUAGAGAAAGUUUCACUAAGUGAUUUGGGCCUGAGGCCUGAGGCCUGAGAAGAUAUUUAAAAAGAGGGAUCAAGCACAUGCUAAGGAGAGGAAAGAGCAGGCACCCAAACCCCUGCAUGACCCCAAAAUGCUCCCGGCAGGGUAGUGCCCCCUCUCCUGGCUGCUCAAGACGGGAUCUAAGCUGCCUCUAACUCCUGCUGUCUUUUCAUGUUCUCUGAUUCUGGGAAAAGAAGAAUUGGCAGGAACUGAAAAUGACUAGGAAGAGGACAUACUGGGUGCCCAACUCUUCUGGUGGCCUUGUGAAUCUUGGCAUCGACAUAGGCGAUGACAUGGUUUCAGGACUUAGUUAUAAAACCUACACUCUCCAAGAUGGCCCCUGGAGUCAGCAAGAGAGAAAUCCUGAGGCUCCGGGGAGGGCAACUGUCCCACCGUGGGGGAAGUAUGAUGCUGCCUUGAGAACCAUGAUUCCCUUCCGCCCCAAGCCAAGGUUUCCUGCCCCCCAGCCCCUGGAUGAUGCUGGUCUGUUCUCCUACCUCACCAUGUCAUGGCUCACCCCGCUCAUGAUCCAAAGCUUUCGGAAUCGCUUAGAUGAGAACACCAUCCCUCCACUGUCAGUCCAUGAUGCCUCAGACAAAAAUGUCCAAAGGCUUCACCACCUUUGGGAAGAAGAAGUCUCAAGGCGAGGGAUUGAAAAAGCUUCAAUGUUUCUGGUGAUGCUGAGGUUCCAGAGAACAAGGAUGAUUUUCGAUGCACUUCUGGGUGUCUGCUUCUGCAUUGCCAGUGUACUCGGGCCAACAUUGAUUAUACCAAAAAUCCUGGAAUAUUCAGAAGAGCAGUCGGGGAAUGUUGUCCAUGGAGUGGGACUCUGCUUUGCCCUUUUUCUCUCCGAAUGUUUGAAGUCUGUGAGUCUCUCCUGCAGUUGGAUCAUCAACCAGCGCACAGCCAUCAGGUUCCGAGCAGCUGUUUCCUCCUUUGCCUUUGAGAAGCUCAUCCAAUUUAAAUCUCUAAUACACAUCACCUCAGGAGAGGCCAUCGGCUUCUUCACUGGUGACGUAAACUACCUGUUUCAAGGGGUGUGUUAUGGACCCCUAUUACUGAUCAGCUGCGCAUCACUGGUCAUCUGCAGCAUUUCUUCCUACUUCAUUAUUGGAUACACUGCAUUUGUUGCCAUUUUAUGCUUUCUCCUGGUUUUCCCACUGGAGGUAUUCGUGACAAGAAUGGCUGUGAAGGCUCAGCAUGACACAUCUGAGGUCAGCGACCAGCGCAUUCGUGUGACCAGUGAAGUUCUCACUUGCAUUAAGCUGAUUAAAAUGUACACAUGGGAGAAACCAUUUACAAAAAUCAUUGAAGACCUAAGAAGGAAGGAAAGGAAACUAUUGGAGAAGUGCGGGCUUGUCCAGAGCCUGACCACUGUAGCCUUGUUCGUCAUCCCCACAGUGGCCACAGCAGUCUGGAUUCUUGUCCACACAUCCUUGAAGUUGAAACUCACAACAUCAACGGCCUUCAGCAUGCUGGGCUCCUUGACUCUCCUUCGGCUGUCAGUGUUUUUUGUGCCCUUAGCAGUCAAAGGCCUCACGAAUUCCAAGUCUGCGGUGAUGAGGUUCAAGAAGUUUUUCCUCCAGGAGAGCCCUGUUUUCUAUGUCCAGACAUUACAAGACCCCAGCAAAGCUCUGGUCUUGGAGGAGGCCACCUUGUCUUGGCGACAGACGUGUCCUGGGAUUGUCAAUGGGGCAUUGGAGCUGGAGAGGAAUGGACACGCUUCUGAGGGGAUGACCAGGCCUAGAGAUGCCCUCGAGCCAGAGGAAGAAGGGAAGAGCCUGGGCGCAGAGUUGCACAAGAUUAACCUGGUGGUGUCCAAGGGGAUGAUGUUAGGGGUCUGCGGCAACACAGGGAGUGGUAAGAGCAGCCUGUUGUCAGCCAUCCUUGGGGAGAUGAACUUGCUUGAGGGCUCGGUGGGGGUGCAGGGAAGCCUGGCCUAUGUCCCCCAGCAGGCCUGGAUCAUCAGCGGGAGCAUCAGGGAGAACAUCCUCAUGGGAGAUCCAUAUGACAAGACCCGAUACCUCCAGGUGCUCCACUGCUGCUCCCUGAAUCGGGACCUGGAACUUCUGCCCUUUGGAGACAUGACAGAGAUCGGGGAGCGGGGCCUCAACCUCUCUGGGGGGCAGAAACAGAGGAUCAGCCUGGCGCGCGCCAUCUACGCCGACCGUCAACUUUACCUGCUGGACGACCCCCUGUCUGCUGUGGACGCCCACGUGGGGAAGCACAUUUUUGAGGAGUGCAUUAAGAAGACACUUAGGGGGAAAACGGUCGUCCUGGUGACCCACCAGCUGCAGUACUUAGAAUUUUGUGACCAGAUCAUUUUGUUGGAAAACGGAAAAAUCUGUGAAAAUGGAACUCACAGUGAGUUAAUGCAGAAAAUGGGGAAAUAUGCCCAACUUAUCCAGAAGAUGCACAAAGAAGCCACUUCGGACACGUUGCAGGACACAGCAAAGAUAGCAGAGAAGCCACAGGUAGAAAGUCAGGCUCUGGCCACCUCCUUGGAAGAGUCUCUCAACGGAAAUGCUGUGCCAGAGCAUCAGCUCACACAAGAGGAGGAGAUGAAAGAAGGCUCCUUGAGUUGGAGGGUCUACCACCACUACAUCCAGGCAGCUGGAGGUUACAUGGUCUCUUGCAUAGUUUUCUUCUUCAUGGUGCUGGUCAUCUUCUUCACAAUCUUCAGCUUCUGGUGGCUGAGCUACUGGUUGGAGCAGGGCUCAGGGACCAAUAGCAGCCGAGAGAGCAAUGGAACCACGGCAGACCCGGGCAACGUGGCAGACAAUCCUCAACUGUCCUUCUACCAGCUGGUGUAUGCGCUCAACACCCUGCUCCUCCUCUGUGUGGGGGUCUGCUCCUCAGGGAUUUUCACCAAGGUCACGAGGAAGGCAUCCACGGCUCUGCAUAACAAGCUCUUCAACAAGGUUUUCUGCUGCCCCAUGAGUUUCUUUGACACCAUCCCAAUAGGCCGGCUCUUGAACUGCUUCGCAGGGGACUUGGAAGAGCUGGACCAGCUCUUGCCCAUCUUUUCAGAGCAGUUCAUGGUCCUGUCCUUGCUGGUGAUCGCCAUCCUGUUGGUUAUCAGUAUGCUGUCUCCAUAUAUCCUGUUAAUGGGAGCCACCAUCAUGGUUAUUUGCUUCGUUUAUUAUAUGAUGUUCAAGAAGGCCAUCGGUGUGUUCAAGAGACUGGAGAACUAUAGCCGGUCCCCUUUAUUCUCCCACAUCCUCAAUUCUCUGCAAGGCCUGAGCUCCAUCCAUGUCUAUGGAAAAACUGAAGACUUCAUCAGCCAGUUUAAGAGGCUGACUGAUGCACGGAAUAACUACCUGUUGUUGUUUCUGUCUUCCACGCGAUGGGUGGCAUUGAGACUGGAGAUCUUGACCAACCUUGUGGCUUUGGCUGUUGCCCUGUUCGUGACUUUUGGCAUUUCCUCCACCUCCUACUCCUUUAAAGCCAUGGCUCUCAGCAUCAUGCUGCAGCUGGCGUCCACCUUCCAGGCCACUGCCCGGACUGGCGCGGAGACAGAGGCACACUUCCUGGCUGCAGAGAGGAUGCUGCAGUACAUGAAGAUGUGUGUCUCUGAAGCUCCUUUACAUAUGGAAGGCACAAGUUGUCCACAGGGGUGGCCACAGCAUGGGGAAAUCACAUUUCAGGAUUAUCACAUGAAAUACAGAGACAACACACCCACCGUGCUUCACGGCAUCAACCUGACCAUCCGCAGCAACGAAGUGGUGGGCAUCGUGGGAAGGACGGGCUCUGGGAAGUCCUCCUUGGGCAUGGCUCUCUUCCGCCUGGUGGAGCCCAUGGCAGGCCGGAUUCUCAUUGACGGCGUGGACAUUUGCAGCAUCGGCCUGGAGGACUUGCGGUCCAAGCUCUCAGUGAUCCCUCAAGAUCCGGUGCUGCUCUCGGGAACCAUCAAAUUCAACCUAGAUCCCUUUGACCGUCACACCGACCAGGAGAUCUGGGAUGCCUUGGAGAGGACAUUACUGACCAAGGCCAUCUCAAAGCUCCCCAAAAAGCUGCAUACGGAUGUGGUGGACAAUGGUGGAAACUUCUCUGUGGGGGAGAGGCAGCUGCUCUGCAUUGCUCGGGCUGUGCUUCGCAACUCCAAGAUCAUCCUUAUCGAUGAAGCCACAGCCUCCAUUGACACGGAGACGGACACCCUGAUCCAGCGCACAAUCCGUGAAGCCUUCCAGGGCUGCACCAUGCUCAUCAUUGCCCACCGUGUCACCACCGUGCUCAACUGUGACCGCAUCCUGGUUAUGGCCAAUGGAAAGGUGGUAGAGUUUGAUCGGCCAGAGGUCCUGCGGAAGAAGCCUGGGUCGUUGUUCGCAGCCCUCAUGGCCACAGCCACUUCUUCACUGAGAUAAGGAGAUGUGGAGACUUCAUGGAGGCUGGUGGCUGAGCUCAGAGGUUCACACAGGUGCAGCUUCGGGGCCCACAGUCUGCGACCUUCUUGUUCGGAGAUGAUAACUUUUCCUGGAAGCAGGGGUAAAUGUAGGAGGGGUGGGGAUUGCUGGAUGGAAACGCUGGAACAGGCUACUUGAUGGCUCUCAAAGCCUUAGAACCCCAGCACCAUCGGAGACGUGGGAUUCAGUGAUCGUGUGGUUCUCCUUUUAACUUAUAUGCUGAAUAAUUUUAUAAUAAGGUAAAAGCUUAUCAUUUUCUGAUCUGUGUUAGAAGUGUUGCAAAUGCUGUACUGACUUUGUAAAAAAUAAAACUAAGGAAAAGUCACUUUCUUUGUUCUUUCUUUCUUUCUCUUUUUUUUUUUUUUUGACAGCGUGUUGCUCUGUUGCCCCGGGUGGAGUGCAGUGGCACAAUCUCAGCUCACUGCAGCCUCUGCCUCCUGGGUUCCAGCAAUUCUCCUGCCUCAGCCUCCUGAAUAGCUAGAGAUUACAGGCAUGUGCCACUAUGCCUGGCUAAUUUUUGUAUUUUUAGUAGAGACAGGGUUUCACCAUGUUGGCCAGGCUGGUCUCGAACUCCUGACCUCAAGUGAUCGGCCUGCCUUGGCCUCCCAAAGUGCUGAGGUUAUGGGCAUGAACCACUGUGCCCAGCCAUCUUCAUUCUGCUUUUUAUGUUGGCUAGUACUUGUUCAGUUGCAAGGAACAGAGACUCCUUCAAACUAACUUGGGCAAAAAAAAAAAAAAGAGUUUGUUGGUCUUGUAACAGAAAGGUACAGAAAAAGUUCAGGGUUGAGUGCCAGAAUGAAAGGAUGCUUGUCCUGAGAUCUCCAUUUCUCUUCUCCUAGCUCUGCUUUCCUUUGUUUGGCUUCACUUUCUGACCUUCUCUUGCCUCAUGGUGGCAAUAUGGUUGCCUGCAGCUCCAGGUUCACGUCCUACACACUCAGCACCCCCCAGGUCUUCUUGCCUCGAUUCCAGGGUAAAAUCUCACUGGGCCAACUUGGGUCAUGUGCUUGUUCCUGACCAGUCAUGUGCUAGGCUGUUGGCAUACCGUGAUUUGCCAGGCCUGAGCCACGUGCCCAUACUUGGGCCUGGGGAUGGCAUUUGCUGCCCUGGAUCAUAUAGAUGGAGACUAGAAGAGGUUUUUUUGCCAAAGUAAAAUUGAGAUGCUCUUACUACCUGAAGGAAGAAUGGCUAUGGAUGCUGGCCAGACCCCAAAUAGCAGCUGUCUACUAUGAUUGUUUACUGAAGGACAGCAUAACUUACAAUGUAUGACAACUGAAAAUAAAAUAAUUUGUUUUCUCUCUUUCUUGUUCUCACUCCCCCACCCUCCACAUGUGGUUAUAGAUAAAUAGAAAAGGCAAUCAUUUUCACCUUACUUCUGGGGAGACUUUGUUGUUGGGGAAAAUAUGUUUCAAAGUACUUUCCUUUCUAUUUCAGAUUAUGAUGUCUGAUUUUCCAAAAAUGCCAUAAAAAAUCAAUUUAGUAAACCAA